CAGAUUUGGAAGGGAUUGUUCAUCACUAGAACCUGCAGCAUGACCGUAGCUUCCCUGUGUCUCUGUUUCCCUGUCUGUAGGCUUGGAGGUCAUAACCUCCUCACUUUAAGUUCUCUUUCUGUGGACAUCCCUUAGGCAGAGCCGCAGUGUGUGGCUGAGCCUGCUUUCCUGACAUCUGUCUCCAUCUGUUUCCUCUUGGGGGACCAGGGAGCCUCCUGGGAUUGCCUACAUUGGCACCUGCCUGCAGCCUGAGCUUCCCUCUCCUGCCCCCAGAGCCACCCUUUUUGAGCACCAUUCUUGCUUGUACCCUCUGGCACAGCUGGGGGAUAGACAUGUGACUCUCCUCCUGCCCCUCUUAAAUUAACUGUGACAGGAGCAGGAGAAGGUCACACUGACCAGUCACCCUCAGCAGCCUCAUGUGCAUAAGAUUGCCUGUGCAGUUGGGUCUGUACCCGAUAUGCAGGGCUGGUCUGCUUACCUCUGGUAUUAUCAGGUGCCCUCUCUAUGCCAGACUCUGUCCUAGACAUAGGCACAGGGGCAGCCAGAGAGAAAUGCCCUCAGCGUGAGGCAGAUGAGCAAUGAGGCCCUUGCAGUCUGAUCAGAUAAAGUCUGUGAUGGGGAAAUACCAGGGUUUUUGGGAGCUGUUUUACUUUGGGCUGCUAUAAUAGAAAGUCCAUAGACUGUGUUGCUUUAAAAAAAGAUUUUUCACACCUUGGGAGGUUGUGAAGUCCAAGAUCAAGGCUCUAGUCAGCCUGAUGAAGUCCGUCUUCUUGGCUUGCAGAUGGACACCUUCUUGCUGGGUCUGAGCUCACAUGUUGGAGAGGGAGACCAUCUCUUUUGUGUCACUUCUUAUAAAGGUGCUAAUAAGGUGUUAUUCAUCUCCUGAUUACCCCAAGGCCCACCUCCAAAUACCAUCACACUGGGGAUUCAGUCUCAACAUAAGAAUUUUGGUAGGAUACAAAUAUUCAGUCCAUAGCAGGAGCACAGAGAGGCAGGAGGAAGGAGUGGGGGAUUCAGGAGGCCCCUUGAAAGUUGACUUUCUGAAAGGGAAUGAGGCUGGGUUGUUCCAGCUUUGCAGAGGCCAGGAGGUGAGCGGGGACAUGGCCAUUAUGGGAACUGCCAGUUCAGCUGGAGUAUAGAGAGCAAGGUGGGGAGAGGGAAGCAGUGGCCAGGUCAGCUUCAGCUUCUUGAAUUCUGGACUUGAUCCUAAUGCCCCAAGGGGAGCUAUAGAGUGGUUCUAGGCGUGGGAGUGGCAGGUAAAUGUGUGGUUUAAGAAGGUCAUUCUGGCUGCAGGAUCAAAAAUGGCUGGGGAAAGAGGGCAGGAGCAGAGGGACAUGGGGUAGCUGCUGUGGGGACAGAGACAUGUUAAGGUUAGUGAACUUUUUAAAUUGAUAGUAACCUAAAUAAAAUGCAUAAGUAUAUAAAUCUUAAGUGUCCAUAAGAUGAAUUUUUACAAUUUUAGACAUCCAUUUAACCACCAUGCAGAUCAACACAGAACUUUUACAGGUCCCCCAGCCCUUCCUACCUCCCACCCCAGAAAAUUUCCCUCAUGACUCUCUCCAGGGUGUCCUUCUCCCUCCCCUGGGGAACCACUGCUCUGACUUAUAUCAUCACAGAGUAGUUCUGCCUUUUUUUUGAACAUUUGCAUGUAUUUCAUGUCUGGCUUCUUUCACUCAGCAUGAUGUCUGUGAGAUGCAUCUGUGUCGUGUGCAUCCAGGAGCUGGAGCUCAUUUUUUUUUUUUUUUAACAGUGUAGAAUAACACAUUCACUGAGCACUUAUCACUAAUCUAAGAACAUGUGACAUGUAUUGAUUCUUCUAAACCUCUCAACCCUAUGAGGUCUUAAGACAAAGAAUUGGAGGCACAGAGAGGUUAAGGAACUUGCCCAGGAUUACCCAGCCAAUUAAUAGUGGAGCCAGAGUUCAAAAGCAGGCAGUCUGGUUCUGGAGCCGAAGUUCUUAACACUGCCACGUGGCCUCCAUGAUACCUACUGGGCUGUCUGUCCCCAGACCCCAGAGCACCUCCGGCACCACCAUGACUGGGCUGUUGAAGAGGAAAUUCGACCAGCUGGAUGAGGACAACUCCUCGGUUUCCUCCUCCUCCUCUUCCUCUUCCUCUGGGUGCCAAUCUCGCUGCUGUUCCCCAAGCUCUUCUGUCUCCCGUGCCUGGGACUCAGAGGAGGAAGGCCCCUGGGAUCAGAUGCCCCUGCCUGACCGUGACUUCUGUGGCCCCAGAAGUUUCACCCCCCUUUCUAUCCUGAAGCGGGCUCGCCGGGAGCGCCCAGGCCGUGUAGCCUUUGAUGGGAUCACCGUCUUCUACUUCCCCCGCUGCCAGGGCUUCACCAGUGUGCCCAGCCAUGGUGGCUGUACUCUGGGUAUGGCCCCUCGCCACAGUGCCUGCCGUCGCUUCUCUUUGGCUGAGUUUGCACAGGAGCAAGCCCGUGCACGGCACGAGAAGCUCCGCCAGCGCUUGAAAGAGGAGAAGUUGGAGAUGCUGCAGUGGAAGCUUUCGGCAGCUGGGGUACCCAAGGCAGAGGCAGGGCUGCCACCUGCGGUGGAUGCCAUUGAUGACGCCUCUGUGGAGGAGGACUUGGCAGUCGCUGUGGCAGGUGGUCGGUUGGAAGAAGUGAGCUUCCUACAGCCCUACCCAGCCCGGCGACGUCGAGCUCUGCUGAGGGCUUCGGGCGUGCGAAGGAUCGAUCGGGAGGAGAAGCGGGAGCUGCAGGCACUGCGCCAAUCCCGGGAGGAUUGUGGCUGUCACUGCGACAGGAUCUGCGACCCUGAGACCUGCAGCUGCAGCCUGGCAGGCAUCAAGUGCCAGAUGGACCACACAGCAUUCCCCUGUGGCUGCUGCAGGGAGGGCUGUGAGAACCCCAUGGGCCGUGUGGAAUUUAAUCAGGCAAGAGUUCAGACCCAUUUCAUCCACACACUCACCCGCCUGCAGUUGGAACAAGAGGCUGAGAGCUUUAGGGAGCUAGAGGCCCCUGCCCAGGGCAGCCCACCCAGCCCUGGUGAGGAGGCCCUGGUCCCUACUUUCCCACUGGCCAAGCCCCCCAUGAACAAUGAGCUGGGAGACAACAGCUGCAGCAGCGAUAUGACUGAUUCUUCCACAGCAUCUUCAUCAGCAUCGGGUACUAGUGAGGCUCCUGACUGCCCCACCCACCCAGGCCUGCCUGGCCCUGGCUUCCAGCCUGGCGUUGAUGAUGACAGCCUGGCACGGAUCCUGAGUUUCAGUGACUCUGACUUUGGGGGGGAGGAGGAGGAAGAGGAGGAAGGGAGUGUGGGGAACCUGGACAACCUCAGCUGCUUCCAUCCAGCUGACAUCUUUGGUACUAGUGACCCUGGUGGCCUGGCCAGCUGGACCCACAGCUAUUUUGGCUGUAGCUUCACAUCAGGCAUCCUGGAUGAGAAUGCCAACCUGGAUGCCAGCUGCUUCCUAAAUGGUGGCCUUGAAGGGUCAAGAGAAGGCAGCCUUCCUGGCACCUCAGUGCCACCCAGCAUGGACGCCGGCCAGAGUAGCUCAGUGGAUCUCAGCUUGUCGUCUUGUGACUCCUUUGAGUUACUCCAGGCUCUGCCAGAUUAUAGUCUGGGGCCUCACUACACAUCACAGAAGGUGUCUGACAGCCUGGACAACAUUGAGGCACCUCACUUCCCCCUGCCUGGCCUCUCUCCACCUGGGGAUGCCAGCAGUUGCUUCCUGGAGUCCCUCAUGGGCUUCUCCGAGCCAGCCGCCGAAGCCCUAGAUCCCUUUAUUGACAGCCAGUUUGAGGACACUGUCCCAGCAUCUCUAAUGGAGCCUGUGCCGGUGUGAGGACCAGGAUGCCUUUUCCCAGCCUCAAGAGACCUGUUGCUGCUUUCUUGUAAUUGUGGGGCUCCCCAGAGUCUGCGUAACAGUCUCCCACUGGCUGGCUCACCCACAGGUGCCAUGGGCACACUCCUGGUUUUCAUACAAUUCUCUGGAUUUAUUUAUUUUGUUUUAACUUUUCUGUGCUGAAGAGAGGAUUAGGGGGAGGGGGCUUCCCCUUUCAGCUGCCCGGCCCCCCACACCCACAGCUUGCUCUUCUGUCUCCACAACGUGAGCCUGGAAGAGGAGAAAAUGUGGCUCCUCUGGAGCUUGGCAGACCACUUUUCGGUCUUUGUGUGAUGUUCCUUAGCCCAAAGACGGUGAGACAGGGCUGAAAUCAAGUAGCUUCUGCCACCCUGAGCCCUAGACCCAUGGGUGGCUAAAUCCACUGGACUGUGAAGACUAUAAUUUAUUUCCAUAAUUUAUUUGGAGAUCGAGGAGGCUUUGGUUGCACCUCUCUGGCUGGUGGGUAAUGCCAUGGGUGGGGUGGGCACAGGCCCUCAAGAGCCCCAUUUGCCUUGUAGUCCUACACCUUGCCCUGCCUGGGCUUUGGUGCAGACUAGGUGUGGAUUUGAGCUCUAUGAUCUAUGUCUGCUGCCUGGCUCCUAGAUGGCUCUGCGGGCAGGUGCUGGCCAAGGACAUCAUCUAGGCAGGGGGAGAGGCUGGGCUAAACAGCUGUGACCAAAACUCCCUUCUGCCCCACCCUGCCCCCUCCACUUCCUGCCCUCUGUUCCAUCUUCCCCCUCCCCAAAGGCCACAGCCUUUAUUCCAGGCCCAGGGAUGUAGGAGGGGGAAGGAGGAAACAGGAAGCCCAGAGAGGGCAAAGGGCCUACCUCGGGGCGCGAACCGUGCCCCAGACUAUUAUCUCAGGGCUUUCUGGGCACUGCACUUCAGCCUGGCCCACCUGCCCAUGCCCUGAGGCCAGUUGGCGAGGGGUGGCUCCUGAGGGUUUUUGUACCCUUUGUUUGCUAAUGUUUAAUUUUGCAUCAUAAUUUCUACAUUGUCCCUGAGUGUCAGAACUAUAAUUUAUUCCAUUUCUCUCUGUGUCUGUGCCAAGAAACGCAGGCUCUGGGCCUGCCCCCUUGCCCAGGAGGCCUUGCCAGCCUGUGUGCUUGUGGGAACACCUUGUACCUGAGCUUACAGGUACCAAUAAAGAGGCUUUAUUUUUAA